AUCCCCCUUCUGCAAAACCUCUGAGUGCUUGCCAGCGCCAGCGCCGUCGCGGCAUGAGCCCGCACUGCAUGAUUUCCCGACCAGAUGCCCGUGGUGGCACCUGUGUAGAUUUUUUUGUAUACAUAGUCUGUCACAGCUCAGACCAAAACAUACUUGUCUCCCUGCAAUGCCAGAGGUGCUGCGAUUGCCCCAACCAGCCAUUUCUGUGGGUGUCUGUCCCACGCCGUCCGUCAUCGACCGUAAUCCACGGCACUGCAAUUCAUCACAUCAGUUCCGCUGCCAGCAAACACCGCCUGCCUGCGAACAGAGGCAGCCACCGCCCAGCGCAGCCCAGGCGCCUUCCUCCACGUUGGCUCGCUGUUCAGACCGCAGUCCAGACUGGCCCCGCAGAUUGGACACCCUGGCACAAGACCACCCCGCCGCCCCGCGGCCAAGACCCCCCUCCUCCGUCUCUCUUGGUUCUCUGUCCAGGAAGUCGUCAGGACGCUGCCUCGGUUCUGCGCGAGAAAUGCGACCCACUGCCAGAGACUUCCCCGACCAAGCCCCAAAAUGCCAGCCAAGCGCAAAAACACAGCAACCGAUCAAUGUCGCAGCAGGCACCCUCGACACCACAAACAGGUCCCCCCUCCUCCUCUCUGCGCAACAUGAGCGAGCUCUGCGAGGCCGCAGACGCCACCGCGUGGUCCAGCGGAUCGGGCCACCUGCCGGCUCCCGUCCCCGCUCCAGCCGCCAAAAUGACUCAGGCCGCCCAUAUAAAGCCAGGCCCGGCUCGUCCAGUCCCAGCCUCCCCAUCCAGCCUCGCUCCAACAGUCUCAUCUGCCAACUCUUCAACCGAUCGUCUUUUGCUCAACAUGCCCGGUCCCGAACAAGGUACUUGCACCUCCUGCAGCUGCUCCAACUGCCAGUGCGCCGCCGGCAAGUGCAACUGCGGCAAGUAAGCUCGCCCACCAGCCAGUCAAUCCGUCUCCCAAAGGUAGGGCGCCGUGUCCUGCUCGUUCACUUUGGACCGCCCGUUCACUUGGUCUGUUCGUUCCUAAUCCGCCACUGUGAUUUCCGUCGCAUUCCUAAACAGAGCCACCACCAUACCUCGAAAUGUCGGUGCUUUGAUCGCGAAGACAUAAGCAAUUUGCAAUAAAAAGCGGGACAUCCCGAACUUUAUUCCUUCUGUCGUUAUGGACUCCGAGAAUGCACAUCCUCGAGUCCACAUAAGAUUUUGUGAUGCGCCGGAUGGGUCUAGAUUCAGCGC